AUGGCGGAACAAGUCUUUCAGAACUUUGAGACCCUUCAGCUCCAUGCUGGUUACACACCGGAUCCUCACACGAGAUCCACUGCUGUUCCCAUCUAUGCGACAUCUAGCUACACCUUCAAUGACUCCGCUCAUGGCGCCCGUCUUUUCGGCCUCAAGGAGCUCGGCAACAUCUACAGUCGUCUUAUGAACCCUACUGUUGAUGUCUUCGAGAAGCGAAUUGCUGCCCUAGAGGGCGGUAUUGCCGCUGCUGCCACUUCCUCAGGUCAAGCUGCUCAGUUCUUGACCAUCGCCACUCUCGCCAAGGCUGGUGAUAACAUCGUUGCCAGCUCGCAUUUGUACGGUGGCACAUACAACCAGCUCAACGUGUUGCUUCCCCGAUUUGGCAUCAAGACCAAGUUCGUGCGAAGCGGGAAGCUAGAGGAUUAUGCCGCUGCCAUCGAUGACCAGACCCGUGCCAUCUAUGUCGAGAGCAUGAGUAACCCCGAUUACGUUGUGCCUGACUUUGAAGGUAUUGCAAAGAUCGCUCAUGAGCACGGUGGCUACUAUAUCCGUCCCAUUGAGCAUGGCGCCGACAUCGUUGUCCACUCUGCCACCAAGUGGAUCGGCGGUCACGGUACUACCAUCGGUGGAGUGAUUGUCGACAGUGGCCGCUUCGACUGGAACAAGCACUCAGACCGAUUCCCCGAGAUGGUUGAGCCAUCACCUUCUUAUCACGGCCUCAAGUACUGGGAGGCUUUCGGCCCUGCCACUUUCAUCACUCGAAUUCGCGUUGAGAUGCUUCGAGACAUUGGUGCUUGUCUCAGCCCCUUCUCCGCACAGCAGCUUCUUCUGGGUAUCGAGACUCUCGGCCUCCGAGCUGAACGCCAUGCCCAAAACACAGAGAAGUUGGCCAAGUACUUUGAGUCCAGCCCCAAUGUGAGCUGGGUCCUCUGGCCAGGCUCCGAGUCUCACCCAACAUACGCCCAGGCCAAGAAGUAUCUCACACGAGGAUUCGGCGCUAUGCUGAGCAUCGGAGUCAAGGGUGAUGCAUCAGCUGGAAGUAAGGUCGUCGAUGGUCUCAAGCUCGUGUCUAACCUGGCCAACGUGGGAGACGCUAAGAGUCUUGCUAUUCACCCUUGGUCAACUACACAUGAGCAGUUGUCUGAGGAUGAGAGGCUGGCUUCUGGUGUGACGGAGGAUAUGAUUCGUAUCUCUGUCGGUAUUGAGCAUGUCGAUGAUAUCAUUGCCGAUUUCGAGCAGUCUUUCCAAAAGGCUUAUGGAUCUUAG